CAUUCGGUCAUAGGAGCUGUGGAGGGGGGCGCUCGAGCCACGUCGGUGAAACAAAUCAACGCUUGCAGGCAGAUUACAAAGAGGGUCCCUCCUGCUCAUCCAGGAGCAGGAGAUCCCGGGAGAUCAUGUCAACACCUGAUCCCCCCAUGGGAGGCACUCCUCGCCCCGGUCCCUCCCCUGGUCCGGGUCCUUCUCCUGGGGCUAUGCUUGGCCCCAGCCCCGGACCCUCCCCAGGCUCCUCUCACAGUAUGAUGGGCCCCAGCCCUGGUCCCCCCUCCUCUGGACACUCCCAGCCAGGGCCCUCUGGAUAUGGCCCGGACAGCAUGCACCCUCUGCACAAACCCAUGGAGGGUUUGCACGAGAAAAGCUUGAGUGAGGAGAGCCGUUUAAGUCAGAUGAAGGGACUGUCAGUGAGACAGGGCGGGCACAGUGGUAUGGGCCCCCCACCCAGUCCUCUAGACCAACACUCACAAGGCUACCACUCUCCAUUAGGUGGCUCUGAUCACUCAAGUCCCAUCCCUUCAAAUGGUCCCCCCUCUGGGCCCCUUAUGCCCUCAUCAUCUUCCUCCUCUUCCUCUGGUGGUCCUGGCUCUGCCUCUACACCAUUAGAUGGCUCCAGUGGAGAUCAGCACAUUUUGGGUCCUAAUAACCGACCCGUCCCUCCAGGCAGUUCUGGACCAGGCCCAAGCCCUGGACCCAGUCUUGGCCCCAGUGUCCCUAGCCUUGGUCCUGGCCUUGAUACCAGCGGCCCUGCGGGACCUGGAGGUCCUGGUGGUCCAACUCCCUUUAACCAGAACCAGCUUCACCAACUUAGAGCCCAGAUCAUGGCUUAUAAGAUGCUAGCCCGGGGACAGCCCCUCCCAGACCACCUUCAAAUAGCUGUCCAAGGAAAGAGGCCGAUGCCAGGGAUGCAGCAGCCCAUGCCUAGUUUGGCUCCCGGAGCUGGAGGAGGACCAGGAGGUGGUCCAACAGGACCAGGGCCAGGGCCAAUGGGCUCAGGCUACAGCCGAGGUCACGGAAUGAUGGGUCCAAAUAUGCCACCCCCCGGCCCAUCAGGAACCCCAGUUGGGAUGCAGGGUCAAAAUACUAAUGGUCCUCCCAAGUCAUGGCCCGAAGGCCCCAUGGUGAACGCAGCAGCCCCCUCCAACGCUCCACAAAAACUCAUCCCCCCUCAGCCCACUGGCCGGCCAUCUCCUGCUCCCCCUUCAGUUCCGCCGGCUGCCUCCCCAGUGAUGCCCCCGCAGACCCAGUCUCCCGGCCAGCCUGCACAGCCUACUCCCAUGAUGCCUUACCAUGCCAAGCAGAACCGCAUUACACCCAUUCAGAAACCCUGUGGCCUCGACCCCGUGGAGAUACUGCAGGAGAGGGAGUACAGGUUACAAGCUCGUAUAACCCAUCGCAUUGCUGAGCUAGAGAAUCUGCCGGGUUCUCUGGCUGGUGAUUUACGAACCAAAGCUACCAUAGAGCUCAAAGCCCUGCGACUACUUAACUUCCAGAGACAGCUGCGUCAAGAGGUGGUGGUGUGUAUGCGCCGUGACACAGCUCUAGAGACCGCCCUUGAUGCCAAGGCCUACAAGCGAAGCAAGCGACAGUCUCUCCGCGAAGCCCGCAUCACAGAGAAACUGGAGAAACAGCAGAAGAUUGAACAAGAACGCAAACGUAGACAAAAACAUCAGGAGUACCUCAACAGCAUCCUCCAGCAUGCCAAAGACUUCAAGGAGUACCACCGUUCGAUCACAGGCAAAAUCCAGAAACUGACCAAAGCUGUGGCUACUUACCACGCCAACACCGAGCGGGAGCAGAAGAAGGAGAAUGAGCGUAUUGAGAAAGAGAGGAUGAGGAGGCUCAUGGCUGAGGAUGAGGAGGGCUACCGUAAACUCAUCGACCAGAAGAAGGAUAAGCGCUUGGCCUACCUGCUGCAGCAGACCGACGAGUACGUCGCAAACCUCACAGAGCUGGUCCGAGCCCACAAAGCUGCACAGGCCCUCAAGGAGAAGAAAAAGAAGAAAAAGAAAAAGAAGAAGGUGGAGAAUGCCGAGGGUCAGACUCCUGCUUUGGGUCCUGAUGGAGAGCCUCUGGAUGAGACGAGUCAGAUGAGUGACCUGCCGGUGAAGGUCAUCCACGUGGACAGUGGGAAUAUCCUGACAGGGGUGGAUGCUCCCAAAGCUGGACAGCUGGAAACUUGGCUGGAGAUGAACCCUGGAUAUGAGGUGGCUCCCCGCUCAGACAGUGAAGACAGCGAGGAAGAGGAAGAGGAGGAGGAGGAAGAAGAGGAGCCUCAGCCUUCGGCAGCUCCAGUUGAGGAAAAGAUGAAGAUUACAGACCCAGACAGUGAAGAUGUGUCAGAGGUGGACGUCCGACACAUCAUUGAAAAUGCUAAACAGGACGUGGACGAUGAGUAUAGCGGUGCAGCGUUUGCUCGAGGACUCCAGUCGUAUUACUCUGUGGCUCACGCUGUCACAGAGAAGGUGGAGAAACAGUCCAGCUUGUUGAUAAAUGGGCAGCUUAAACAGUAUCAGAUUAAAGGUUUGGAGUGGCUGGUUUCUCUUUACAACAACAACCUGAAUGGGAUCCUGGCCGAUGAGAUGGGUCUGGGAAAAACCAUCCAGACUAUCGCCCUCAUCACAUACCUCAUGGAGCACAAACGGCUCAACGGACCCUACCUCAUCAUUGUACCUCUUUCAACUCUUUCUAACUGGGUGUAUGAGUUUGACAAAUGGGCGCCAUCAGUCGUGAAAGUGUCUUACAAGGGGUCUCCUGCCGCUAGAAGAGCGUUUGUCCCCCAGCUACGUAGUGGCAAGUUUAAUGUUUUGCUCACCACUUAUGAGUACAUCAUCAAGGACAAACAAGUACUGGCCAAGAUCCGUUGGAAGUAUAUGAUUGUAGACGAAGGCCACCGCAUGAAAAACCACCACUGUAAACUGACCCAGGUCCUGAACACCCAUUACCUUGCUCCGCGGCGAGUCUUGCUGACGGGGACGCCGCUGCAGAACAAACUUCCUGAGCUGUGGGCGCUGCUCAAUUUCCUCUUGCCCACUAUCUUCAAGUGCUGCAGCACCUUCGAACAGUGGUUUAAUGCCCCUUUCGCUAUGACUGGAGAGAAGGUGGACCUUAAUGAAGAGGAGACAAUUCUGAUUAUUCGUCGUCUCCAUAAAGUGCUACGCCCCUUCCUGUUACGGAGGUUGAAGAAGGAGGUGGAGGCACAGCUUCCAGAAAAGGUGGAGUAUGUGAUCAAGUGUGACAUGUCUUCUCUUCAGAGAGUCCUUUACAGGCACAUGCAGGCCAAGGGGGUUCUGCUCACUGAUGGAUCAGAGAAAGACAAGAAGGGUAAAGGGGGCACGAAGACACUGAUGAACACCAUCAUGCAGCUGAGGAAGAUCUGCAAUCACCCUUAUAUGUUUCAGCAAAUAGAGGAAUCCUUCUCUGAACAUUUAGGAUUCUCUGGUGGGAUAGUUCAGGGUCCUGACCUGUAUCGGGCAUCAGGAAAGUUUGAGGUGCUGGAUCGAAUUCUGCCAAAGCUGAGAGCCACAAACCACAAAGUGCUGCUUUUCUGUCAGAUGACCUCACUCAUGACCAUCAUGGAGGACUACUUUGCCUACCGUAACUUCAAAUACCUGCGUCUGGACGGCACAACAAAGGCUGAGGAUAGAGGAAUGUUACUGAAGACAUUCAAUGACCCAGAGUCAGAGUACUUUAUUUUUCUCCUGAGCACAAGGGCUGGAGGCCUCGGCCUCAAUCUGCAGUCUGCCGACACUGUAGUUAUUUUUGACUCCGACUGGAACCCACAUCAGGACUUGCAGGCACAGGACAGAGCUCACCGCAUUGGUCAGCAAAAUGAGGUACGCGUGCUCCGUCUCUGUACAGUCAACAGCGUCGAGGAGAAAAUCCUGGCAGCGGCCAAAUACAAACUAAAUGUAGACCAAAAAGUUAUCCAGGCCGGCAUGUUCGACCAGAAGUCUUCCAGCCACGAGCGCAGGGCCUUUUUGCAGGCCAUCCUGGAGCACGAGGAGCAAGACGAGGUCUGGGGUCAAGACGUGUGCCUACACAUGAAUGUGUGUGCGUGCACCGCCAACACACAAUUUAGAGUGUGCUUUGCUCUGCUCUGCCUGCCAAUGUGUGUCUGCUGUAUUCAGGAGGAGGAUGAGGUGCCAGAUGAUGAGACGGUCAACCAGAUGAUUGCUAGGAGUGAAGAGGAGUUCGAGCUGUUCAUGCGUAUGGACCUGGACCGACGCCGCGAGGAGGCUCGUAACCCACGACGAAAACCACGGCUGAUGGAGGAGGACGAGCUGCCCACGUGGAUCAUGAAGGACGAUGCUGAGGUUGAGCGACUUACCUGUGAGGAAGAGGAGGAGAAAAUGUUUGGCCGAGGUUCCCGACAACGGAAGGAAGUGGACUACAGCGAUUCGCUGACUGAGAAGCAGUGGCUCAAGGCGAUAGAGGAAGGCACACUGGAGGAGAUGGAGGAAGAAGUACGGCACAAAAAGACGACCCGCAAGAGGAAGCGAGACCGUGACCUGGAUCUCCCUGGUCCCUCCUCUUCCAUAGGGGGACGUGGACGGGGGGAUAAAGAUGAUGACGGGAAGAGGCAGAGGAAGAGGGGACGGCCACCUGUCGAAAAACUCUCACCAAAUCCUCCCACCCUCACAAAGAAGAUGAAGAAAAUUGUGGACGCUGUCAUCAAAUACAAAGACAGCGCCAGUGGGCGUCAGCUGAGCGAGGUGUUCAUCCAGCUGCCGUCUCGAAAAGAGCUGCCCGAGUACUACGAACUCAUCCGCAAGCCGGUAGACUUCAGGAAGAUCAAGGAGAGGAUUCGAAGUCAUCGCUACCGCAGUCUGGGUGACCUGGAGAGAGACGUCAUGCUGCUCUUCCAGAAUGCUCAGACCUUCAACCUGGAGGGAUCACUGAUAUACGAGGACUCCAUCGUGCUACAGUCGGUGUUCACCAGCUUGAGGCAAAAGAUCGAGAAAGAGGAGGAAAGUGAGGGAGAGGAGAGUGAAGAAGAGGAGGAAGAGCAGGAGGAAGGAUCAGAGUCUGAAUCCCGCUCAGUGAAGGUGAAAAUCCGUCUGAGCAGGAAGGAUAAAGCUGGAGAUCGAGGGAAGGGACGCAGCAGACGGACGGGACGCACCAGAGCAAAGCCGGUCGUCAGUGAUGAUGACUCUGAGGAUGAGCAGGAAGAGGAGCGCUCCCCCAGUGCCACCGAUGAUGAGGCCUGAACUGUACUGUGAAUUAGGAGAGAAGGGUGUAUAAAGGGAUAUCCCACCAAAUCAAUCAACACUUCUAAAGUAAUAAAACAUGCCUCAGUCCACUCCAUCCACCCUCAGUCAAAUAUAUUAAGUAGAAAUGGAAGAAGAGGAGUUUCUUUCUCUACAUUUGCAAAGAUGUGAUGAUCACAUGGCUCCAUAUACCAUAAAAUAUAUGUUGCUUAGGCUUUGUUCCAGACUUUUUUUUCCUGCUGUGCAUCAGUCUGCAAAACAGAAUUAUGUGAAAUUUUUUAAAAAAAUAUUUGUACAGUUCUGGGAGUGUUGAGAUCUUGUAUACAGAUAUAAUUACUGCUUCAUUGGUGACAACUAUGAAGAGAAUAGCACACAAAAAACACAACAGCAAAAGAUGCUGUGUCAGCAAACCAUGAGGCGGUAAUGUAAAGGUGUAUUCUGAUAAACAAGAGAAAAGCUGCUGCCCACUACACACAGCAGGAAAUGCAUGUUUGUAAUAAGCAAAGGUGGUCCUUAUUGUCAGCUUUUUUAAGUUAAAAGUGUAAUUAUAAUUAAAAACAGAUCUCCUCUUUAAUUUUAGUGUGCCAAUAUUUAAGACCUAUUUCAGUAAUUAUCUAGAUACUAUAUGUGAUAACAGUGUAGAGGUAAGAUAAUUGUGCUAAGAGUCUUCAUCAGCCUGUCUUCAGAUAAAUGCCCUGAAGCCUUGUGUGAGGCAAAUUCUAGUCUAAUGGAAACAUGGACUGCAAUGUCACUUUAUUUUAAAAGUUCCACUGUUUGGCAUUUAUUUAAAGCUAUAUAUAAACCUUUAAUGUAUAUUUGUGACCAGUAUAGUAUGAUUCAGCCUACCUGUUUUUACUAAUUUACUGUGAUUACAACAACUCUAUGAAGAUAUUCUAUUGUUUUAGAGCUAUGUUUGACUAUACUGCCAUGUCACAGUUAACAAAUACAUAAACAGAGCUAUGUAACCAUUAAAUGUUUGCAUAUGCUUAUAAAUGCCAAAUAUGGACCUCCAAAUGUUAUCAUCAAGACUAUCACUAUUAAACAUUAAGUUUGAUUUUUGGACAAACUGUCCUUAAAUGCUGAUGUUUCACCUCUGCCUCACUUUGAUGAUGUUUUGUGACAACAGUCUCUGGACCUGCUGUGAUUCCCCUGGUGUGUGUACAUCACAUGUUUGUGACUGUUUAGGUUGGAAAGCCAGCCAGCUGUGUACGCAGGGUGUUUCCAGACUUCUCAGAAGCUCUUUAGCAACACACCACAGUUAUUUGUCUGAGGUUCGAUGGAGCUGAGGCCGAGUCACUCUCCACUAUUGUACAGAAUAAAAACACCCUACUUUACCUUGCUGCUGCUGCUUACCUGUUACACUUCCAGUAUAAGCACUUACAACUGUUGAUUGUAGAAUUCAAGAAUCACAAGGUUGUAAUACAUGAGUACUGUAACUUGUUCUUCUGUUGUUGUGUGGUGACUUUAGGAUUUCAGAACAGUUUCAUCUAUUUCGGCACUUUUUCUGCUUUUGAUUUUUAAGACAAAGGACCAGGGGGACGUCAGCUCCUCUCUGUGAAUGCCUCACGGCCGUAUGGUGUUGGAUAUACUGUAUAGAGUAUUUUCAGAUUAUAAUGUCAAUGCAUGUAUGUACAGCUUGCAAAUUCAGUACUGUACUUUUCUCAUUACAGUAGGUAACCAGAGUGAACCAAAGCAUCGGUGUUUGCAUCUGUGUUGUGUUGUUUCAUUGUGGCUGAAACUUGGAACAAAACAAUAAAUUAUUGACAGUGUGUGAUGUA